GAACAUAGUCCAAAUAUUUUUACGGUACACAUUUGUGUUGAAUUGAUUCUUGACGGUAUUUUUAAUUUGAUUGGUGAAUUUGUUCUGAUGUUUUGAAUACAUGUCUAUAUAGCUAAUGUCAAAUGGAAAACGCAGAUGUUUUUGCCUGAGUACACAAGGGAUUUGAAAACGUCAAAGGGAGAUAAUUGAUAGAAUCAUGGCCGAACAAAACGUCGGUGAUAUGUUAGAGACCGCUAAUGGUGAACUUGAUACACAGUUUGAACCAUCUGGUGAUGAAAAACAACCAGAAAAGAGCACUGUCCCUGUCGAAAUGGCUGAAAAACAUACAUUCAAAGUCCCUGGCUUAGUAACAUCUAAACAAAAUGAAAAACCCGCCACUAGCACAAUAGAAACUAAUAAUGGCACUACAGUCAGUACAGAAGCCAUGGAUAAUACUGAUGACAAAGGAACUAUCACAAACAAACUGAGCUUAUUAUCCCCAGCGGAACAACUGAAAGAGACAUCAACACCUAUUCCGUACAAGGAACCAUCGUGGGGAGGAAUUAGUAACGACAAAUAUAGUCUUGAAGUUCUGAAAAAUGGGGUCAUUAUUGACAAAAUAGAUUUGGGCAAAUCGUUUUAUGUGUUUGGAAGACUGCAGAGUUGUGAUGUUAGUAUGGAACAUCCUUCAUUAUCAAGACAUCAUGCCGUUCUUCAGUUUUCUAAAAUAAAAUCUGAAAAGCAGAACAUUGGCUGGUAUCUUUAUGAUCUUGACAGUACCCAUGGAACAUGGAUAAAUAAAAAUAGAGUAUAUGCAAACAGAUACUAUCGUGUACAUGUUGGUCAUGUAUUGAAAUUUGGAGGGAGUUCAAGGCUUUAUAUUUUACAGGGACCAGGUGAAGACCAAGAAGAAGAAUCAGAUUUGUCAGUCACCGCACUUAAAGAACAGAGAGAAAGACAAACAAAAGAAGCUGAAGUUUUAAGACAUGCAGACAUGGCAGCACAAGAAAAAAAGUUAGAUGCAAUCAGAAAGAAAGAAGAUGAUGGUGGUUGUUCUUGGGGAAUGGCUGAUGAUGCUAUUGAAGAUGAAGGUACAAACGCACCAUCUGAAGAAAUCAAGUUAGAAAAUGAAGAUCUUUAUGUUGAUGAUCCUAAGAAGGCUCUGAAAGGAUUUUAUGAAAGAGAGGGUUAUGAAGAACCAGAAUAUAUCGUAACAGAUGGAGGAAGUGGGAAAUACAAAUGUGCGGUAGAGUUACCAGUUGAUGGACCUAAUGGGGAACCAGUAAUUGCUGAGGCUAUUGUUUCGGGUAAGAAGAAGGAAGCGGUGCUACAAUGUGCUUUAGAAGGAUGUAGGAUAUUAGAUAGAAUGAACUUGUUACGAGCAUCAACACAUGAAAGCAGGAAGAGAAAACAGAAGAAUUGGGAAGAUGAUGAUUUUUAUGACAGUGAUGAAGACUUAUACCUGGACAGAACAGGAGAUAUAGAGAAGAAAAGACGACAAAGAAUGAAAAAAGCAGGAAAAGAUGAACAAAAAACAGAAACAUAUAAAAGUUUGGUAGAAAAGCAUGACACAAUCACUAAAGAAAUACAAGGAAUUGAAGCAAAGCUGGAAAAAGCUAAAUCAGAUGCAGCAGCCAUGGACAAUGAUGACCUUGAUGCUCUAGAUGCCUACAUGAUGGCAAUAAAGUCUGGUGUCAUGGAUACAAAAACUAAAAUGGCAUUGAAAAGACAACUGAUAGAACUUAAACAGAAAGAAAUGAAGAUCAGAAAACUUGUCAACAUUGCUAAGUCUGCUUCAUUACCAGAGUUGAUAAGUCCUCAGAUAGUACCUAAAGCUCCAAGUGUACAGAUUAAACUUCCAGUUAUUGGUAAAAUCAAGUCACUUAAAACGCAGAAGAGACCAUUAGUGCCAUCAAGACCAGUAAAAGUAACAGGUGGAAAAGAUUUUGUUGAGGAAGAAGAAGAAGAAGAUGAAGAUGAGGAACUAGGUGCUAAAGUUCCUCGUGAAGAUCCUUCAUCACGACUUCAAGGAGAUGCAGACGACAUUAAAACAACUAAAGAUAAAUCUCAUAAUUCAAUUCAAAAAGACAAUAAAACAAAACAAAAUGAUACGGACCAAGAAGCAAUGGAAAUUUCUCAAGAUUCUAGGGAAGAAGUUGCAGCACGAUUAAAAGAUCCAUCUUCAAGGGGAGAUGAUCCCAAAUUUACAAACAUGGAAGAUAAUGACAUGAAUGCAUUGCAAUCUAAACAAAAGCAGACCAAAGAUAAACAGAAGAAAAAAUACCCAAAACAGAAGCCUGUAAAUACUGAAGGGAAGAUAACUGGAGACUAUGAUUCUACUGACCCAGAUUUUGCUACGUGGGUGCCUCCAUCAGAUCAAUCAGGAGAUGGAAAAACAAGCUUAAAUGCAAAGUUGGGUUACUGACACUUGUUAUUGAUAAUUAAUAAAUAUUUUUGUAAAA